UGGCAGUAAGUAUUUUCUCUUGUUUGUCGAUAAUUUCAGCAGGAUGUGUUGGGUACACUUCAUCAAGAGCAAGGCAAACACGUUUGAAUGUUUUCAGAGGUUUCAAGCUUUAGUCAAAAGGCUGACAAGAAGGAUGCUCGAAGCUCUGUGAAAUAAUCCUAGUGAAGAGUCCAUGUCACAUGAAUUCCAUAGUUAUUGUGAGGAGCUUGGCAUCAGGAGAGAAUUAAUAGCUCGUUACACUCCUCAACAGAAUGGUGUAAUAGAAGAAAAAAUAGAACCAUCGUUGAAAUGACCCGCAGCUUGCUUAAGAGUGGAGGCUUACCAAACAGUUUCUGGACAGAGGCAAUCUCAACAUUAAUAGAUUUAAUCAAUUGAUCUCCAACACAAGAAGUGCAUAAUAGGAUGCCUUAUGAGGUAUAGGGUGGAAUGAAGUCUUCAGUAAGUCACCUUAGAUUAUUUGGAUGGGUUGUUUUUGGUAUGAUCCUUAUGAAAAAGCAUCUAAAGCUGAAUGAGAAGUAUGAAAAGUGCUUAUUUGUAGGUUAUUGCUCAUAAACUAAGGCCUACAAACUCUGUAAUCCAAUUACUUGCAAAGUGAUUGUAAGUAGAGAUAUGGUGUUUCAUGAGGAUGCUCACUGGGACUGGCAUGGCACUGAUGGAAGAGAGCCUUCCAUCACAAUUGAAGAAUCAAAAACCAAUGCAAAUAAUUAAAGGGCCAAUCUCAAACACCAAUGACACUAUCAUAUCUAACGAAUCAGCAAGAGCCACAUCUUCUUCAAACUCCAGCGAAGCAACUGAUUUGUCAAGACCAAGAGUAGCAUGCACAGAUGGUUCAUCUCUCAAGAAGAUAAAGUCUCUCGCAGACAUCUACAACACAUGCUCGUUUGCACUCAAUGUUAUAUACCAAUUGAAUUUCAAUGAGGUAGUGAAGUAUAAAGAGUGGAAGGAUGCUAUGGAUGUAGAACUUUCAGCAAUUCAGAGUAACAACACUUACCAAUUGACUGAUUUACCGCCUGACAAAAGAGUUGUAGGGGAUAUACAGGCUGAUGGUCAAAUCCAGAAACACAAAGCCAGGUUGGUGGCUAGGGGAUAUACACAGCAAUAUGGAGUGGAUUAUGUUGAGGUGUUUUACCGGUAGCAAGAUUAGAAACUAUUAGAAUUCUUCUUGCACUCGUAGCUCAAGCAAACUAGCAAGCAUUUCACUUUGACAUUAAAUCAACAUUCUUAAAUGGGAAGAUACAAGAGGAGAUCUUUGUCGAGCAACCAGAGGGUUAUGUUGUGGAAGGAAAGGAGAACAUACUGUACAAACUGAAGAAAGGCUCUAUAAGGAGUAAAACAAACCCCUAGAGCCUGGCAUAUGAGAAUAGAUAUGCAUUUUCGACAGCAUGGAUUUAUAAGAAGUGAAAAUGAUCAUGCUAUGUACAAGAAAACUCUGUUAAGGCUGUUUGAUCAGACAUAUCACUGGAGCCAUUGCUGGAUUCUCCCCAGGUCCCUGCACUUGCUUCCAGCCUCCAGCUCACUCUCCACUGCUGCCGAAGACCAAUGUAUUCAGCACUGAAUUGGGAUUCACAUCAUCCCAGAGUUAUCUUAUUGUUGUGUUUUAUUUAGAAUUUGCUUUCACUGUAUGUUUGUAGUUUAUGUUUAAAUUGUUCUGGUUGUAUGAACUAUGCUGCUUCACUGGCACGCAUAUCAGUUGUUUGUUUAAAUGCUUGAAUGAAUUAAUGAAGUGAAUGUAAGGAAUUUCA